AUGUACUAUCCGGCCGGCGCCAGCGUCUUUCCGACGGACCCAAACGUCAACCCGCUGUACUGGCUGCAGCGGAGCUCCAGAUGGUCCCAGUGCCCGAAAACGCACCAGCGCCAGCUCCGCCGGCUCCGGCAGAAGCGGCGAGCUCCACAGAUCCAGCGCCCGCUCCCGCGCCAACAAGGCCAGCAAGGAGGGGCACCCGCUUGGUCAACAAGGCCAUUGGCAAAAAGCCA